GCCGUUGAAUUUGCUUCUCUCAUGGGUUGAAGCCAUGGGGAGCGGUGCAUCAACCGCGGAUCCGAAGAAGCGGAUCGAAGAGGUUGAGAAGCAUUGCGCAGGAAAGAAGAUAGGGAGUGGCAAAGAUGGUUUAGACGAGAUGAAGCAAUGCUCUGAGGAGCUGAAGGUUGCAAUGGACGCGGUUGCAGAGAUGAGCAGCCCAGAUCUGCAGCUCAUCGACCGAAUUGGCUUGGCCAGUGACAUAAUUUUCUCCAAUCUUGACAGCAGAAUCAAUCUGGAGCUCGUGCAGCUUGAGGAUGCCUCAGAGAUCUACAAGGUGAUGAUAGAAACGGCCGAGAACUUGGACAAGUGCCGCGCAAGCCCGAUCGCACCGAAGAUCAAAUCCAAAUGGAAGGAGGCUGAGCAAGGGAAAUACGCAAUUCUGGUUCGAGACUUGGCCGAGCUGGUGAAAGGAGUCAGUGACAUUGCCAAGUUGCCGGAGGCCCUUGAUGGCGUGGUUCAGAAGAUGGACGCACUGUUGGUAGGGGUCUCGAAAGAUCUGGCGGAAAAGGCUUUGGUACAGUGCUCUGGUUUUUCCACCGCAAAGUUUCAGAAAGGCUUCCCGGGACUCUUGCAAAAAGAGGGGCCCGAGCUCCUCGAGCAAGUGCGCUCUCCGAUUGCCCAAUUUGACACCGCAGGGAAGCAACUGUCAAGCGUGGCGGAGGGUAGCUGGGAGGAUUUGGCGCCCACUGUGGAGAAGCUGACUGCGCAGGUCAGCUCUCACAUGGUGAAGCUUCACCUACAGCAAGCUGCAGUCGAGCUAGCACAAGACCACUUUGCUGAGUCCCAAGCCCCACUGGCUCAGAUGCAACGAUGGUGGCCACAUUCCCAAGGAAGCGACGACCAUGCCGCUUUGGAAGAGAGCUUGGCGAAAGUCUUCGCCCUGGCAGACGAGAGAGCACUGGCGGCCGAGGGUGACAUCUCCGACUUUGUGACAUCGUUGGAUGAACUUCGGAGCACCUUGAGCGUGCCCGGUGAGCCGCUGGCGGCGCGGCGGGCAGCAGCCAAGGCCCUGGGGCCGCUGAAGGGCCUUGAAGCGGAGCUGGCGAAGGAGUCUGAGCAGAGCCUUUCUGCAAUGCUGAAGUCUUUGCAAGAGAUGUCGGCAACAAUUGACACGAUUGCAGAAGCUGAAGGGCUACAGGCCACGCUAUCCAGUUUGGAAGAGUUUUUGCUGAAGCAAAGCCAGGACUUACAAUCCCAGCCGGACGAGGUCAGUGCAGUAUGUUUGGUCGAUGAAACGGCAAUGGAGUUAAGCGUUUGCUAUAUGGAUGAUAUUGUGACCAGACUAAGCUCAGGAAGAACCAAAGUGCAUUUGGAAAGAAGAAGGUAGGGGCCCCUUUAAUUAGGGCCGACGGUUGGGUUGUUAGCUCUUUUCCUCUCUUCUGGUCAGGAUGUUAAUUCUGUCGAAAAGGAACAUAUUAUGAACAUAUUACAUAUAUAAUAUAGAUCCAUGCCAAAAUCACCGAAGACAGGUGACGGAAACUGCCCGCUGCU